AUGGCAAGUGAAAUGGAAAAGAGACCGGAGAGUGAGUGGUGGAAGGAGAGCUUUCAGAACACUCUCAUCCCAUGCCGUCCCAAGCCGUUCUUUCCUCCUGCAUCCCUCUCCCACACCAGUGAUGAGGUGCUCAAGGAGCUGUUGAAGAUGAGGGAUCAGUUGGAGGAGCUGUUUGCAGGCCUAUCACUGGAGGAGAACUUUCAAACCUCCCGCCCUCUUGACAACAGGUGGGACGGGGUGGUCUUUAUAUUAGUCGCCUCCUCCUCCUUCGUCCCCCUUCACCACCCCACCUCCUUCCCUUUCCUCCUCCCCCACUUCCCUCCCCCGCCUACUCCCUUCCUUCUCUCCUCUCCCCCGGGUCGUCCAAAAUCAACCUACCAGAAUCACAGACGCACGAUCGACAUCAUCGCUGCAGGGGACACCGGGGCAGAAAGUCGAUCAAGAGGUGGUAGAGCAGCUUCUAAGAGCAAAGUUCUAGAGCAGCUUCUGAGUUUGAAGCACUUUUUGGAUAUGCUGAACAACCUCAUCGAAUCAUUUGAUCCAGCAGCAGAGGCAGACAGUGCGCUGGUUUGCCUCAAUAACGCACUGCAGUUUUAUCACAGGAGGAGGGCCGAGGGAAUGCCAGCAAGCACAGUCAUCCUCAAUUUCCUCCUUGCUAUUUCCACGCAAGUGGAUCACAACAAGUCUAUGGAGCUGUAUGCACUGAUGCUGAAGGAAGGACUGCAGCCUGACUUUACCACCAUUGGGUGUCUGUGCUUAUCGGCUUGCUUCGCGGGAGAUAUCAUUUCCAUUAAGCGGUCCCCAUUCGUAUCUCACUCAGUCCCCGUUCGUAUCUCACUCAGUCCCCGUUCGUAUCUCACUCAGUCCCCGUUCGUAUCUCACUCAGUCCCCGUUCGUAUCUCACUCAGUCCCCGUUCGUAUCUCACUCAGUCCCCGUUCGUAUCUCACUCAGUCCCCAUUCGUAUCUCACUCAGUCCCCGUUCGUAUCUCACUCAGUCCCCGUUCGUAUCUCACUCAGUCCCCGUUCGUAUCUCACUCAGUCCCCGUUCGUAUCUCACUCAGUCCCCGUUCGUAUCUCACUCAGUCCCCGUUCGUAUCUCACUCAGUCCCCGUUCGUAUCUCACUCAGUCCCCGUUCGUAUCUCACUCAGUCCCCGUUCGUAUCUCACUCAGUCCCCGUUCGUAUCUCACUCAGUCCCCAUUCGUAUCUCACUCAGUCCCCGUUCGUAUCUCACUCAGUCCCCAUUCGUAUCUCACUCAGUCCCCGUUCGUAUCUCACUCAGUCCCCGUUCGUAUCUCACUCAGUCCCCAUUCGUAUCUCACUCAGUCCCCGUUCGUAUCUCACUCAGUCCCCGUUCGUAUCUCACUCAGUCCCCGUUCGUAUCUCACUCAGUCCCCGUUCGUAUCUCACUCAGUCCCCGUUCGUAUCUCACUCAGUCCCCGUUCGUAUCUCACUCAGUCCCCAUUCGUAUCUCACUCAGUCCCCGUUCGUAUCUCACUCAGUCCCCAUUCGUAUCUCACUCAGUCCACGUUCGUAUCUCACUCAGUCCCCAUUCGUAUCUCACUCAGUCCCCGUUCGUAUCUCACUCAGUCCCCGUUCGUAUCUCACUCAUUCCCCGUUCGUAUCUCACUCAGUCCCCGUUCGUAUCUCACUCAGUCCCCGUUCGUAUCUCACUCAGUCCCCGUUCGUAUCUCACUCAGUCCCCGUUCGUAUCUCACUCAGUCCCCGUUCAUCUUACUGGACUCGGCUGGUUGGGAGGAUCAAGAGAAUCACGAGGAUGAAGAGGAAGAUUUUCUUUCCAGCACCACUCUCUAUUACAACAAAUUCAUUGAUCUGUGUGCUGCUAGUGAUUCACAAGCGAAUGCAGGGGAUCACGAGGGGGCGUUGCAAGCAUACAAGCUGAUGUCAGCGAGUGGGUUUGCACGCGACUUGGAGCCAGAGCUUUGGAACAAGCUCAUCCAUGCCGUGGCUGCCGUGCCCUCCGCCCCUGCCUACGUGGCCUACGGGCCGGACCUAGACACGUACGUGGGGCUCAUGGCAGUGUGUGCCAGGGAUGGCGAUGCAGCAUGGGCGAUGGCACUGAGGAGGGAGAUGGAGGAUGGCGGAGUGGAGGUGACGGGAGAAGUGCUCCGUGCGCUCAUGGCCAUGCAACGCAAAGCGGGGAUGUGGGAGGCCGCUGUGGAAACCUUCAAAGAGAUGCAAACCAAGGCGGUGCUCUCAACCGAUGAGGAUGCGGCAUGGGGUCGUGAGUUCCUGAAGGAAGCUGCUGAGAAAGUUCGCCCUAAUGCGAAGACCCUCAAUCUUCUCAUUGAAGCAAGUGUAGAGGCAGGGUAUCACGAGGGGGCGGUGCGAGCGUACAAGCUGAUGGCAGCAAAUGGCUUGGCACAUGAAUUGAAUCCGGUUUUCUGGAGCAAGCUCACCCAAUUUGCGAGGACCGUGAUUGCACCGUCUACCCCUACUAACACUGCAAACGAGGCAGACACGCCUCCUCCAGUGCUCCAGCUCCUAUCAGAGGCUACUGAGAGUGGCUGUGUCGACCCAGAGGUCUUCAACCUCCUCAUCGAAACCAGCCUGCAGGCAGGGGAUCACGAGGGGGCGUUGCGAGCGUACAAGCUGAUGUCGGCGAAUGGCUUGGCGAGUGACUUGGAUCCGCCUUUUUGGAACAAGCUCAUCCUUGCCGUGGCUGCUGUGCCCUCCGCCCCUGCCUACGUGGCCUAUGGGUGCUACGAGGGCAUGAAGAGAUGGGGUCCCACGCCAGACCCGGAAACCUACCAGGGGCUCAUGGCAGUGUGUGCCAGGGAUGGCGAUGCAGCACGGGCGAUGGCUCUCAAGAAAGACAUGCAGGAUGGUGGAGUGGAGGUGACAGCAGCAGUGCUUCAUGCGCUCCUGACCAUGCAGCGCCAGGCAGGGCUGUCGGAGGCGGCUGUGAAGACUCUGAAGGAGAUGCAAGCAAAGGCUGUGCUCUCGACUGAUGAGCAAAAGGCAUGGGGUUGCGAGCUCCUGACAGAAGCCAUCGAGAAAGGCGAUGCAGCACGGGCGACUGCGCUGAGGAGGGAGGUGGCAGAUGGCGACGUGGAGGUGACGGGGGAAGUGCUCCGUGCGCUCAUGGCCAUGCAGCGCCAGGCGGGGAUGUGGGAGGCAGUUGUGGAGUCACUCAAGGAAAUGCAAGCAAAAGCGAUCUUGUUGACUGAUGAGGAUACGGCAUGGGGUCGUGAGCUGUUGAUGGAAGCUAUCGAGAAAGGCAGUCCCGAUGCAGAAACGUUCAACCUGGCCAUUGCAGCAAGCCUUGAGGCAGGGGAUCCUGAGGGGGCGUUGCGAGCGUACAAGCUGAUGUCAGCGAGUGGGUUUGCAUGCGACUUGGACCCGCCUUUUUGGAACAAGCUCAUCCACGCCGUGGCUGCCGUGCCCUCCGCCCCUGCCUUCGUGGCUUACGGGUGCUACGAGGGCAUGAAGAGAUGGGGUCCCACGCCAGAUCCGGAAACCUACCAGGGGCUCAUGGCAGUGUGUGCCAGGGAUGGCGAUGCAGCACGGGCGAUGGCUCUCAAGAAAGACAUGCAGGAUGGUGGAGUGGAGGUGACAGCAGCAGUGCUUCAUGCGCUCCUGGCCAUGCAGCGCCAGGCAGGGCUGUCGGAGGCGGCUGUGAAGACUCUGAAGGAGAUGCAAGCAAAGGCUGGGCUCUCGACUGAUGAGCAAAAGGCAUGGGGUUGCGAGCUCCUGACAGAAGCCAUCGAGAAAGGCGAUGCAGCACGGGCGACUGCGCUGAGGAGGGAGGUGGCAGAUGGCGACGUGGAGGUGACGGGGGAAGUGCUCCGUGCGCUCAUGGCCAUGCAGCGCCAGGCGGGGAUGUGGGAGGCAGUUGUGGAGUCACUCAAGGAAAUGCAAGCAAAAGCGAUCUUGUUGACUGAUGAGGAUACGGCAUGGGGUCGUGAGCUGUUGAUGGAAGCUAUCGAGAAAGGCAGUCCCGAUGCAGAAACGUUCAACCUGGCCAUUGCAGCAAGCCUUGAGGCAGGGGAUCCUGAGGGGGCGUUGCGAGCGUACAAGCUGAUGUCAGCGAGUGGGUUUGCAUGCGACUUGGACCCGCCUUUUUGGAACAAGCUCAUCCACGCCGUGGCUGCCGUGCCCUCCGCCCCUGCCUUCGUGGCUUACGGGUGCUACGAGGGCAUGAAGAGAUGGGGUCCCACGCCAGAUCCGGAAACCUACCAGGGGCUCAUGGCAGUGUGUGCCAGGGAUGGCGAUGCAGCACGGGCGAUGGCUCUCAAGAAAGACAUGCAGGAUGGUGGAGUGGAGGUGACAGCAGCAGUGCUUCAUGCGCUCCUGGCCAUGCAGCGCCAGGCAGGGCUGUCGGAGGCGGCUGUGAAGACUCUGAAGGAGAUGCAAGCAAAGGCUGGGCUCUCGACUGAUGAGCAAAAGGCAUGGGGUUGCGAGCUCCUGACAGAAGCCAUCGAGAAAGGCGAUGCAGCACGGGCGACUGCGCUGAGGAGGGAGGUGGCAGAUGGCGACGUGGAGGUGACGGGGGAAGUGCUCCGUGCGCUCAUGGCCAUGCAGCGCCAGGCGGGGAUGUGGGAGGCAGUUGUGGAGUCACUCAAGGAAAUGCAAGCAAAAGCGAUCUUGUUGACUGAUGAGGAUACGGCAUGGGGUCGUGAGCUGUUGAUGGAAGCUAUCGAGAAAGGCAGUCCCGAUGCAGAAACGUUCAACCUGGCCAUUGCAGCAAGCCUUGAGGCAGGGGAUCCUGAGGGGGCGUUGCGAGCGUACAAGCUGAUGUCAGCGAGUGGGUUUGCAUGCGACUUGGACCCGCCUUUUUGGAACAAGCUCAUCCACGCCGUGGCUGCCGUGCCCUCCGCCCCUGCCUUCGUGGCUUACGGGUGCUACGAUGGCAUGCAGCGGUGGGGUCCCGAACCAGACGAGGCAACGUACCAGGGGCUCAUGGCAGUGUGUGCCAGGGAUGGCGAUGCAGCACGGGCGAUCGCGUUGAGGAGGGAGAUGGAGGAUGGCGGAGUGGAGGUCACAGCAGUGGUGUAUACCGCGCUCAUCAAUGCUCAGGGCAGGGCAGGGGAGUGGGAGGCGGCUGUGGAGACGUUUAAUGAGAUGCAAGGCAGCACGAAGGGCGAGAUGGAGCACCCGCACCAGCCGUCAAUGGACACCUACACUCGGCUGUUUGACGCCUGCUUCGGGCCGGACGGAGCUGAUCCCGUGAUACGGGACGCGAUGCAGGAGGGGAAAACGCUCAAGUUCACUCCAGCGCUACAAGCAGCAGUGUCUAUCUUCAGAGAGGCAGCAGCUAAGGGCGUCUUUCCCCCGGCUUUGACUGCAGAUCCUUUCACGCUUUACGUGGUCGACUGCACUCGCCCUGUCGCGGCUGCGGCGCUGCUUUCGCUGCUUCUGCGUCUCGCCUCCUCCUCCACUGCUGGCUGUAAUGAUGCCUCGUGGCUGCAGAACUUGUCGCAAGCAGCGGACGAGGCUCCACCACAGGAGCCAUGCCCAGACCUCCAAGGGACGAUGGAGGCAAUGCUGCAGGCGCUGGGGCUGAAGGGAGAGAGGCUGCAUGGCACGAGCGCGCUGCAGGGGCUGUGUGUCGACAGGGAGGACCUGCGCCUCUGGCUCAACACACAGGCUGCCUCCGUGUUCCUCGCAUGA